CUGCUUCCUCCCUGCAGUAUUUUCUGUGACCAACAUGAGGUUCAUCCUCCUGCCAUGUCUUUGGGCUUCCCUUGCAGGAGUCCUGCUGGCAGAUGUAGAUACCAGUACAGCUGAAGUUCGCCUGGUGGAUGGUCCAAACAGAUGCUCUGGAAGAGUCGAGGUGCUUCACAAUGAUGUCUGGGGGACUGUUUGUGAUGAAGGUUGGGAUUUACGGGAGGCCAGGGUGGUGUGCAGGCAGCUGGGCUGUGGGACAGCAUUAUCAUCCCCCAAGAAGUCAAAAUAUGGAGAAGGGAAGGGCCAGAUCUGGCUGAGUGAUUUGGACUGCAAAGGGACAGAAGGGUCCCUCUCCAACUGCAAGUCGAAGCCAUGGGGAGAAAACAUCUGCAACCAUGUGGAAGAUGCCAGCGUGGAAUGCUCAGGGACAGAAAUACCUGAGCCAGGGCCACUUCGUCUCGUGGGAGGCCCAAACCGAUGUGCUGGAAGAGUCGAGGUUCUUCACGAAGAGCAGUGGGGCAGCGUGUGCCAUGAUGAAUGGGAUAUCAAUGAUGCUCAAGUUGUGUGCAAGCAACUGGGUUGUGGGGAUGCAGUGCUGGCCCCAAUUGCAGCAAAGUUUGGGCGAGGAACUGACACCAUCUGGCUGGAUGACGUGAACUGCACAGGGUCGGAAGCAUCUCUCUCUGAAUGCCAGGCAAGGCCGUGGGGGGACCACAAUUGUUAUCACGGGGAAGAUGCCAGUGCAAUUUGUUCAGAUUCGGGGAUCAGCAUCUCCACUUCAGUUCGCCUGGUAGGAGGCCCCAACCGCUGCUCUGGAAGAGUUGAGGUGCUUCACAACAAUGUCUGGGGGACUGUGUGUGAUGACAACUGGGAUUUACGGGAGGCUAAAGUGGUGUGCAAACAGCUGGGCUGUGGGACAGCCCUAUCAGCCCUGCCGGAGUCAAAAUAUGGAGAAGGAAAAGGCCAAAUUUGGCUGAGUGAUUUGAACUGCACAGGGACAGAAGGAUCUCUCACUGAAUGUGAAGCAAAGCCAUGGGGAGAGAAUGUCUGCAAUCAUGUAGAAGAUGCCAGUGUGGAGUGCUCAGAGACAGAUAUUUCUGAGAUUGGACCAGUUCGGCUUGUGGAUGGCCCAAACCAAUGUGCUGGAAGAGUUGAGGUGUUCCACGAGAAUCGUUGGGGUAGUGUGUGUGAUGACAAUUGGGAUAUGAAGGAUGCCAAGGUGGUUUGCAAGCAGGUGGGCUGCGGCUCACCGCUGUCAGCCUUGGGAAGUGCCCGCUAUGGUAGAGGGCCAGAUGUCAUCUGGCUGGAUGAUGUGAAUUGCGAGGGGACAGAAGAAAGCAUCUUUGACUGUAAGGCAAGGCCGUGGGGUGAACACAACUGCUAUCAUGGAGAGGACGCUUCUGUUUUCUGCACAGUUAACAAGAAUCUGGAGGAGACAGAAACAUCGUGAGUGCCACACUGUCCCCAUCAGACUGUGUUCAUAUUGUCACAUGAGGUGGGCCAGCAAAGUUGCAUGAAUGGCAAAGAUGUUACAGAGACUUUCAUCUGCCACACUGGGAUUCAGGGAUUGGCAAAACCAUUCCUAACCCUUUGAAUGAUCAGCAAGCUCAGUUAUAACUGCACCAAUGGAAAAGGUGUCAUUCCCACAAAAAGCAAACAUCACAGAGUAUCAAUAAACUUCCCCUAAAUCUGA